UAGCAAUUUGAGAGCCGGCAAAAAUCGGCAGCCCGGGCGUCCAGACUGCACCGGGCAGCCCGCGGCAGCGUCAAAAACGGCCGGCGUGCCGGUCGCAUUGCGCCGGCGCCGCAGCCAGGCACGCAUUGGUCUGGCCUUGGAGCAUCACAACCAUGCUCAAAUUCGCAGUGCUCGUAGCUGUCGCGCGAGCCGCCGACGCGUCCAACGCCACGAGCAGCGCAUUGCUCCUCGACAAGAAUGUCUGCGCCUACGACCGAAUACGCGUCAACUGGACGCUAGCGACGCCGCCGAGUGAUCCGCACCUCGCUUUGUAUGAGACCACACCAGUAAUCGGCAACGAAGCGCCGCGGCCGCGCGCGAAGAUACUUUUGACAUUACCGCCGCUGCCGCCCGUCGACGCGGACCUGCCGCGGGAGCUCCACGACUUGUCUGGUGGUGUGGCCGUCGAGCCGCUGCUGACAGCCAUGCGCUGGAACGCCGACAGCUGGACCAUGACGUUGGAAUUCGAGAAGGCGACGAACGCGCCACCUAUCAAAGAUGUGAGGGCCUUCGACCGCCUCAUCUCGACGAACAUUGAACUGCGAGCACUGACCGCGUCCUGGGAAGCGAAUGGCCAGCACCUCGCUAUUCAUAUCAACGCGCCGAACGACGCCGACGCGGUACAAGAAGCGUUUGAUUCAAGAAGCUUCUGGGCCGCGUGCGCGCCGUGGCCGCCUCCCUCACGACAUCCUCCGGUCUUAUCUGGUGAAGCGGUCAUGCGCGUGCCCGUGGCCUCUUCAUACGAAGUCGCAUUAGUGAACGAUGGCAGAGUGGAGUCCAAUGCCGGUUCUAUACUAGUGGAGGCCUGCGACGGCACCUUCGUAUCUGACAUCGACCGCGUCGACGACACACUCACCGAAUCAAUUGAUGCUGAUGACGUAUGGCUAGAAUUACCGGGCGUCUACGCGUCGUCCGGUCAAAGGCAUAUCUCAUUACCGCCGGAAGAAUUACCGUUGCAAGCUCAGCAGGACUGGGGCCUCGAGUUCUGGAUUUACAUCGAGGACGCGCCGACGGGCGCCCAUAGAGGCCUGUUCUUCAAGGGCGACGUCGAUAGACUGGGCGGCCAGAGAACGCCGUCGGCGUGGCUCGCCCCGGACUCGAACAAAGUGGCCCUACGCGUCUCGACGGACAAGGGCUUAGAUAUUGGCGCCGACACGGACACACCACUACCUGUAAAGAAGUGGACCCACCUCCAGUUCGGCUUCCACAACUUAUCCGAUGCUUCUGAUGUUAAAUAUUUAUUAACGCUGGACGUGGAUGGUGCUAGAGACGCGACCCUGGAAAUCUUCGACCAAGUGACCUGGAACGACGGGCCUUUGCAGCUGUUCCGGGAUCCGGAUCGUCGUGGCGUUCGGGGGUUCAUUGCCGACAUUAAGGUUAGAGCGAGGGCGCCGUCGCGCGAGCAUGCGCAAAAGAACUACCAGGCUGCGGAUCGCGACAAGCCCGACCUGCAUCGCCCUGAUGUCGAGGCCACGGACGCGUUAGUACCAAUGGAGGACCCCUGGGCCGUCGCUUUAGCAUCAACGGAAAACUGCGCUUCAUUCAAUGAGCGCCUCGCGAACUACGAGGCCGCCUCUCCCAUAAACAAAGAUGCUUCCAGGAUCGCGGCCGAACUAUUGCUGUUCGGCGCCGAGCGGCUGGCCACAGGUCCCAAGUUCUGCGAGGACGCCGACGCGCCUCCUCCCUUAACUGGGGAAGCUUUGAGGAAAGGCGUAUCAUAUCUAGAGCGCGCCGUCGCCAUGGGAGACGCGGCCGCAUCGAGGAUGCUCGCUUCCUUAACGCUGGCCGGCUUCGUCUCCACUGAAACGAAGGACCUGAAGGCUAUUGCGCCUCCACAUACGAUGGGACCCGUCGUCGCUUCACGAUUAGGCGACGCCGUCCACACGAACAACACGGAACGGGCCGUGCAGUUGCUCUACCAAGCGGCGAUGCACGGCGACGCCAGAGCUUGUUUGGCACUAUCGAACCGCUACCGAUUUGGAAGGGGCACUUCCCAGUCCCAAGAAGCGGCGGCGUGGUACGCGAAAUGUGCGGCUGCAAUAGCGAAGGAGGAAUUUCAUACCCCUGGAGAACAAACUUUUGUCGAACUCAACCGCAUCACGGACGAGACCGUGGCCGAUGGUUCCGUCGAUGAUAAUCAGCGCGGCGACGAGGACGCGCAGCUGCAGGCCCAGAUGCAAAGGGCGGAAGAGGGCGACAUUGAUGCCUGUGUGGCUUCGGGCGACUUGUUAUAUUGGGGAGCUAGAGGCUUCCAGCGAGACCACGUCCGUGCGCGACGGUUCUUCAAGGUGGCGGCGGAUGCGGACCAUGCGCAUGCGAGAUGUCUAUAUGCUUCUAUGUUGCUAAGGGGCGAGGGCGGUGACACGGACCACGCCGAAGCGGUACGACAGUACGAAGUAGCCGCUUCAGCCGGUUCGGCGAAGGCGUUGAACGGUCUAGGAUACGAGUACUUCUACGGCAACCACCUCCCGAAGAACUCCACGAAAGCCUACGGCUACUUCGCCGAGGCGGCGAGGCUCGACGCCGACGGGGACUCGAACUUUAAUGCCGCGCACUGUUUAGCCCACGGCAUCGGCGUCGAGAAGAAUGUGAAAGAGGCGGCUCGAUUGUACGAAAGAGCGGCGACGCGCCACGGCCACUUCGACGCGGCGUUUGAAAUUGCAUUGGUGAAACACGGAGGCUCGGGUCGGACGGGCCGCGACGUGAAUCGAGCAAGGGAGUUCUUCGAAGCCUGUGCGCGGGCGGGCUGGGCCGCACGCGACGUGCGCGCGGGCUUCGAUGCCUAUCUACGGGGGGAUGCCGGCCGAGCGUUACUGUGGUACGCGGAAGCGGCGGAGACCGGCACGGACGUGGCCGCGGCGAACGCGGCCUGGCUGCUCGAUCGUGAUUCUGAUGUCAGAGCGCUGGUCGGAAAUACGAUGCCCCUGGCUAUCCGGUUUCAUCGGUUGGCUUCUACAUUAGAUGGAGGCGGCGACGGCUACGCCGCGCUGGGCGACGCGGUGUUACAUGGCGCGCUCGUCGUGCCGCCGGGCGUCGACGAAGGUCGAGCGGUGAGUGAUGACACGAUCUCCCGACUCCUGGAGACGCGCCACGCCCGGGCUUUAUCUUACUACUCCAGGGCCGCUCAAAAAGGCUCCGCUAGAGGUGCCUUCGCGGCGGCGCGCGUGCGCGCCCGGGGCGCGCCGGGCGUGCCGCGCGACCGGAAGUUGGCGCACAAACUGUUCGACGACGCCCUACGCGCGGACCCCGAGCGCAUGCGCUGGCCGGUGUUCGCGGCGCGGGCCCAGUUGCGAUGUGAAGAGUUGUGGGACGACCUGCGCGGGUUUGCGUCGGCCUCUCCACAAAAGCGGCGUUCCCACCGCGGGAAGCUCUCGGUCGGUGUGGCGGUGCUUGUGGUCGUCGUGUCGGUCGUGCGCGCGGUGGCGUCUUCUGGCGGUGGUGCUGCCCCCGUCGUCCCGGAGGCGGUCGUGCCCCCGUCUACUACGCCUGUAGCUGUCGAGCCUGCGUCUUAACUACUUGUUGUCUGUGUCGUCG